UGAACCUGUCCUAUCUCCAGGAUGCUCAGGUGUAGAGAAGAUUCCAGCUAACACCAGCUCUCCUGUUCGGAGGCUACAAGCCCUGUGAGCAAACCCGUUCCAGUUCUGGGUCUUCAUAGCUCCUUGGGUCUUGCGUUUGAAUAUAUUUUUCCUUUAAGAAAAGCUCCCUGAGUUAACAUAUUCGUUGGUUUGGCUGCAAGAAAACCUAUUGCCCUGCUUGGCCAAAGGAAGAAGACAUUUACAAUGGGAAAGAAAAAAGCUGAUAUCUACUCAGUUGAGAUCAAUGGAACAAAAGAUGUGGAAGAAAUCGGAAAAGAAGAUGAAAAGGAAAAGAACAAAGAUACAAAAAAGGAUAAGAAGAAAAGGAAGGAAGAAGACCUCAAGAAAGAGUUGGAUCUGGAUGACCACAAACUAAGUGUGCAAGAACUAGAAGAAAAAUACGGCACGAGUAUCAUUAAAGGUCUUGCAAGCUCAAGAGCUGCAGAAGUUUUGGCCCGUGAUGGUCCCAAUUCUUUAACCCCACCCAAAUCGACUCCAGAGAUAAUCAAGUUUCUCAAACAGAUGAUAGGAGGGUUUUCCAUCCUCUUGUGGGUUGGAGCUAUCCUUUGCUGGAUUGCUUUUGGGAUUCAGUACGGACAGGGAGUUUCUUCAGCAUUUGACAAUCUCUACCUGGGUGUGGUCCUUUCACUUGUUGUCAUCCUUACUGGCAUGUUUGCAUAUUAUCAAGAAUCCAAAAGCACCAACAUCAUGGCCAGUUUCAGUAAAAUGAUACCACAGCAAGCCCUUGUUCUCAGAGAUGCAGAGAAAAAGGAAAUCCCGGCUGACCAACUAGUAGUGGGAGACAUUGUGGAAAUCAAAGGCGGAGACAGAAUACCAGCAGACAUCCGGCUGAUUGCCAGUCAGGGCUGUAAGGUGGACAACUCCUCCCUUACUGGAGAAUCAGAGCCACAGUCCCGCUCCUGUGAAUUUACUCAUGAAAACCCACUGGAGACCAAAAAUAUUGCUUUCUACUCCACAACGUGCUUGGAAGGUGCUGCUACGGGUAUGGUGAUCAAUACAGGUGACAACACCAUCAUUGGAAGAAUUGCUUCACUAGCUUCUGGUGUUGGGAAUGAGAAGACACCCAUUGCUCUGGAGAUAGAGCAUUUUGUCCAUAUUGUAGCUGGAGUAGCUAUCUCCAUUGGGGUCCUUUUCUUCGUCAUUGCUGUCUCCAUGGGCUACCAUGUUCUCGAUUCCAUCAUCUUCCUCAUUGGCAUUAUUGUGGCCAAUGUGCCCGAAGGUCUACUAGCUACAGUUACUGUAAGCUUGUCCUUGACUGCAAAGAGAAUGGCUAAAAAGAAUUGCCUUGUGAAGAAUCUGGAAGCUGUGGAGACAUUGGGCUCUACUUCCGUCAUCUGCUCUGACAAGACAGGAACCCUGACGCAGAACAGGAUGACCGUAGCUCACCUUUGGUUUGACCAUGCAAUCUAUUCAGCUGACACCAGUGAAGACCAAUCAAGCCAAGACUUUGACCAAACAUCUCUCACGUGGACAGCACUGUCAAAAGUUGUCGCUCUGUGCAACCGGGCAGAAUUCAGACCAGGACAGCAGGAUGUGCCGAUCAUGAAGAGAAUUGUGGUAGGAGAUGCUUCGGAAACAGCUCUGCUGAAGUUUUCAGAAGUUGUUUUGGGCAAUGUGAUGGAAAUCCGGAAGAAACAUAAGAAAGUGGCUGAGAUUCCUUUUAACUCAACUAACAAAUUCCAGCUUUCCAUCCAUGAGACGGAUGAUCCUGAAGAUAAACGCUUCCUGCUUGUGAUGAAAGGUGCCCCUGAAAGGAUUCUGGAGAGAUGCAGCACCAUGAUGAUUGAUGGGCAAGAGGUGCCUCUGGAUGAGGAGAAAGAAGAAGCUUUCCAAACGGCAUAUAUGGCACUGGGAGGCAUGGGAGAGAGAGUCCUGGGCUUCUGUUACCUGUAUCUGCCAGAGGAAGAAUUUCCAGAGACGUACACCUUUAAUACGGACACCAUGAACUUCCCUACUUCCAACCUCUGCUUUGCGGGGCUCAUGUCAAUGAUUGAUCCACCUCGAUCUACUGUCCCAGAUGCUGUCAUGAAAUGUCGGAGUGCUGGCAUCAAGGUGAUCAUGGUCACUGGAGAUCAUCCAAUUACAGCCAAAGCUAUAGCCAAAAGUGUAGGAAUCAUCUCAGCCACCAGUGAAACAGUGGAAGACAUUGCUAAGCGCCUCAAUAUUCCAGUCGAGCAGGUGAACAAACGAGAGGCCAAAGCUGCUGUAGUCAAUGGAAUGGAGCUGAAAGACAUGACUUCAGACCAUUUGGAUGACAUCUUGAUCAACCAUUCAGAAAUCGUCUUUGCUCGCACUUCGCCCCAGCAAAAACUGAUCAUUGUGGAGGGCUGCCAGAGACAGCAAGCUGUAGUUGCAGUGACGGGCGAUGGUGUCAACGAUUCUCCUGCUUUGAAGAAAGCCGACAUAGGGAUUGCCAUGGGCAUCGCUGGCUCCGACGCCGCAAAGAACGCAGCUGAUAUGGUCUUGCUAGAUGACAAUUUUGCUUCUAUUGUAACAGGAGUGGAAGAAGGUCGCUUGAUUUUUGACAACCUGAAGAAAACCAUUGCCUACACCUUGACCAAAAACAUUGCUGAGCUUUGUCCUUUCUUGAUUUACAUCAUUGCCAGCAUCCCAUUGCCCAUUGGCACCAUCACCAUCCUUUUUAUUGACCUGGGCACAGACAUUAUUCCUUCUGUCGCACUGGCCUAUGAAAAAGCAGAAAGUGAUAUUAUGAAAAGGAAGCCACGACACAAAAAAAAGGACAGACUUGUCAACCAAGAGCUUGCUGUGUACUCCUACUUACAGAUAGGUCUUCUGCAGACAAUUGGAGCCUUUCUGACCUAUUUCACAGUUUAUGCUGAGCAGGGCUGGCUCCCACACACACUUCUAAACAUCAGAGUCGACUGGGAAAACCCAUUUCAUAAUGACUUGCAAGACAGCUAUGGACAAGAAUGGACUUUUGAGGAGCGGAGAAUACUGCAGUAUCAUGGUUACACGGCCUUUUUCGUCAGUAUCACCAUUCAGCAAGUAGCAGAUUUGAUCAUCAGAAAGACACGACGGAAUUCUAUUUUUCAGCAAGGGCUUUUCAGGAACAAAGUUAUCUGGAUGGGCAUUUUCUCCCAGAUUGGCAUUGCAGUGAUUCUGUGUUAUGGUCUUGGAACUGUGCAUGCCUUAAAUUUUGCACCCCUCAGGGUUCAGUAUUGGUUUGUUGCUAUGCCUUAUGCCAUCUUGAUAUGGGUCUACGAUGAAAUUCGCAAGCUGGUCAUCAGGCGGCACCCAGGAAGCUGGUGGGAUAAAAACAUGUAUUAUUGAGGAUGCUUUUAUCCCUCUUCAUUUCGCCAUGCUGGAGAGCACAACUUAGUUGUCUCUUCUGUCAUCUGAUGCUUGAAAGUCCUUGGACUGUGCAAUAUCAACCAAUCAGAGGAACGAGCUGAAAGACUUUUGAAUGGAUGUACGCUGAACUGCAAAAUCUUACCCUUGGAUUGCCAACUUGAAUGCUGCUUUUGUAAUAAUACCUGACUCUGUGGUUUAAAGGGUACGAAGUUCAACGAGAAGAAAACUGUGUUGUAUAUAGAAUCAAAGAGGCCACAUGUUUGUUGCAAUAAUAUUGUAAGUGACUUGCACUAGGUUUCUUAAUAUAUGUAUUUUUGUUGUAGAGAAUUAUUGUGACACAAUCCAACUGUGAGCUUAUCUGUGUAGACCAGAGGUGUGUUAUUCAGGGCUACGCUGUAUAGGCGCAAUUUGAUAAUAAAAAUAACU